AUGGGGCCCGAGGGUCCGACUCGACGCAGGGGUGGUGGAAAAUGCCAGGAGCCUGAUAAGCAGAGUCACAGAAGCCGUGGCGCGAGUCGGCUGACCCGUCCAUACGCUGGCGUUCUGGGUCAACGUGUUGGACAUUUCCGGAGGCGAGAAGACGCUCGAGCGGUCCGGUACAGGACCCGUCCGAUUCCUCCACAGAGCCGAAAGGAUCCGUCGGAGUUCAAUCAAGAACCUGACCAGAGAGCAGAGGAAGAGAGCAAAGGCGGCGAGAAGGCGGUCCAGCAUGAUCUCACUGAUAAGUCGGCCAAAGUCAGUCAAAGCAUCCAGAACCCCGGCUCGAAAGAGCAGACCACCGGAGUGAAAGCAGACGUCAACGUGGCCGUCCCCAAAAGCACCACUCCACGGACGAGUUCGACGGGGAGGGGUGCUGACAUGUUUGAUGGGCUGGACGAGCGACGCAAGAAAGGAGCGCUUCCUCGGUUCCGAUUAGGAAGUCGUACUGACCAAUAUUAUCAGACCAGUUACCUAACUGGAGGGUAA